UGUGGCCUUGAGUCCACAAUACAAUCAAGCAAGACCACGCUCUGGCUCAGAACUUGAGGCUCAGCUUCGCAGCCCUGGUUUGAGAUACCUUGCAAAGCGAAACCUUCGUCACGUGGAACCUCAAGCACACGUUUUGACAGCGUGCGCCCUAGUAAGGCCCAGGGCGGCUGGAAGACGGUAGCUAAAUUUGCGGUCCCUCCAUUCAAGCGUUCUAGAGGUCCUCCUUGCUUUACACAGGGCUCCAGAAGGGGAUAAAGCUGAAAUCCACGGCCUCUUGCAUAUCAAAAGAUCUUACCGGUAGGAAAAUAUCAGCAGCUGGAGACGAAUAUGACAGGGUCAUUGAAGCUUUGGAGAAGAAUUGAUAAGGAGAAGUCGGAACGCCAUUGACAGCCAUUGUAACGAGCACCUCAGAAGCAUUUGUAGUCAGUGAAGCUUUUCGAAGGGAUGCUCUUUUCCACCAAGGAAAGCUACAAAGUUGAAAGCGAGCAGGGUUGAGGUGUUCUCUUGAUCAGCAUGAUUGCUCUAGAAUUGUUCACCUUUUGCAGUUCCCAGUGAAUGUCAGCAAGCAAGAUGGAGGCCAUCUUGGCAGAAGCGUUGCCCAAGACGCCCCCCAGAAACAGAGUUUUUCCCAUACUCAUGCCUCCACGACCUCUGUCCAUUGAGGUAGAUGCUAUCCUGGAGAAAGAAGCGGCUGUGCUGAGUCCCACUGGACCCAGGACGAGGUCUCCGUCGGUCACUCCCAUGUCAAGGCUGCCAAGCCCUACUGCUGAGGAGCUUGUGUUGAGGGAGCACAUGGAUCUGCUUAUGCUUGAUGUUGCCAACAAGACACAGGAGGCUGGCCUAAAUCUAGAAGAUGCCUUUCCAGAGGACGCGGCCAAGGUGACCAGCAGUGAGUUGACAGCCUUUCUGCAAGAGGCGGGGUUGGAUAACGCAGCAGAGACAGCGAAUGAGAUGAUUGCUGGCUGUAAGAAGUACGUCGGCGACAAGUCUUCAAUGAGCCCCGCUGAGUUGAAGGUACACACACUGAAGCAGGCCCUCCGAGUAGCAGUUGCAAAAUCCCUCAGGCCCCGCAGCCGCAGCAGCUGUCACUCCAGCCCCUCCACCCUUCCCAACUCCCGCCUCACGACCCCUCUGUCUACCCACGUCAGCGGCAGCCCCACACUCGCCCUGAUCGAAGAAAACCCGCAGCCCCUCCAAGCGAGCCCCGCCAGCCCUGGCGGCAGCCGCAAGAAGCUCGGUCGCACCCGGUUUGGGCGGUCCCCAGAUAGCGCCUGCCUGCAACGCAGCCCGGAGAGAGCGCCCCGGGCGGUCCCGAUCGUCAUUGACGAGAACCAGCCGACGGCACCGGGCAGGAAAGAGCUGAGCCCGCCGCUGCGGGGGCCUGCGAGCGCCGACCCCUUCGCGUGCCAAAACGGCGUGCGCCUGCAAAAGGAAGCUUCGAAGGAGGCCGCUCUAUUCGGCUCCCCCCCGAAGCAGCCCUUCCUGGAGCUGAGAGACCUCAACUCCAAACCCCUGCCAGGGUUUAUCAGCCAGGUGGCAAUCACAGCGUCCGCCAAGCAGCACCUCGCGGCCGGGGCUGCGGGCUUUGGCAACGGGACGCAGCGCAAGCUCACGUUCGGCUCCGAGGGGAUGAGCGAGGAUCUGUUGGCCGGGUUUGCCCUACCGGGAAGCGCAAGGGGAAAGAAAAGGGCGAGUCGGAGAAAGUAUCGGCAGGUGCCCGGGGAUGCCAGCGGGGAGACGGGGGAGGCUACCGGCGUGGGGUCGGCGGCCGGGGGGCCCAGCUCUGUAGCAACGGAGGGGGUUUCCAAGACCCCGCCUCUGUCUCCGCUCCAUUUUCUGAUGAAACUGACGAGCCUCUGGCAGCGAGACUCGCCGAAGGCAGCAGAUCGGACCGCUGUUGAGGCACAAUGAUUGAGGACUUUCCUAUUAAGCACAGGUUGAGGUGAUACUGUAUAAAAGAGUGAAGCUUGUUGACGUCAAACGGUAAUGAUCAUUGCCGAGGGUAAGACCAGAGCUAUAGAACCGUAUGCUAGUGAUGCCAGGUGUCAUCGAAACUCUUUAAUCUACACGCGCGCGUAGGCCUUGGUGAUCUCGAAAUAGUAGACUGGGUAACGUAGCGAACAAGCGGGUUAAGUGAUGCGCGUGGGUAGAAAGUAAGAUAAAAGCCGUUUGAAGUCGGGUCUCGUGCUUCUGGUAGCAGUCGUCGACUUCAACCGUCUAUACGUUAGAAAGCUAUUACACGAAGCACCCGUCGUGAGUAUAGGACCGUUGUAUGUCAAAUUGAACGCGUGUGUAUCCGUGCUUUCACUCUCUAUAUAGAGAUCAGAAGCCA